CACGAUUCUAUACAACAAAAACCUUGCACAAAAAAGUGGACGGAAAUGACAGUAUGAUAUUCAAGCGAAAGAAUUUCAUAUAUCAUCAUGUAAUCUACUGCAAGAGAUGGUUGGAGCUUGAACAUGGGUGCUUUGCAUAGCUGUCUUUUCCAGAUCAUCGUCGUUUGUGCUAUGCGAUGGUUUUGUAUACAUUUGCUCAAAAAAGACGAAAUCAUGUCCUCCUCGCGACACUUCCCUUGUUGUUUGUCGCCCCCUCGCCGUUGAGCAAGCAUCGUCCUUUCCGUUUCGCAUUUGCGGCGUCUCUCUCGUGCUACAUUACCCCUCAAGAGCAUUAUACCCCCACGGUAAUGGAGCGAUUAGACAUGUAUCACAAUCAAUCGACGUUGUUUUCGCUACGCCGCCGAGGCCAACGGUGUCAUAACAUUCACAAUUUCCGUCGCGACCCAUCAUCACAAAGGGUGGCUUGUCUCCACCAUUCACGGUAGAAGACGUAUAAAGGUUUAUGAUUCCAUCCAAAGUCUCUUUCACUUUCUCUUACAUCCACCUUUUCACCUUUCGUCGCUCGCCACAACCUCGCAAAGCUAAACACAACAUCACCACCGAUACACAACGCGACAUGUCUCCGAUCAUCAAUGAACAUCCCGCCCUAACCAGAACCAGCCCCCACUCAUCGAAUAGAUAGAAUGCGAUAGGCGUCCCACCUCUCGAAGAGGCGCUCAAUAAUGGCAUCACCGACGCCGAAAAGGAGAUCCAGCGCUUACGAGAACAAGUCCGAGUGGCCAAUUGGGUUGCUGAGAAUGGUGGGCCUUGUCCUUGUCUUUUCGUUGUAUCAUCGUUGAAGGGGCGAACUAAUCGGGAUGCAGCGUUGGAUGAGACGAAGCCUAGGGAGAAGGGGGUUAUCAUGGCCUGGGUCGGGUACGGUAAUCCUCUCCGACUUGAGAGGGUUUCGAAAGUUGUCACACGGGUCCAUGACCUCUAGCGAUGCCCUUGUAGUAGUCGAGGUGAGUCGAGAUGGCUUGAGGACCAUGAGAGGUAGCCAAGCCAAUGCCGGAGGACAUGGACGCUUGUGUUGAAGAGAGACAACAAUAUUUGAUCGACAGAGUAUCUAAAAGCUAUGAAAGAGUGUGGUAUUUAUAUCCAGCCUCAAGCCUACGUAUCCCUUUUCCAUGACCUUCCAGUGUUUUCUACAGUGGCCAACAGAGUGGCAAAGAUUAUUCUAGAUGCUUCGAGAUAUUUCUGGGUCGAGUGGCGACAGCCACGUGAC